GAACAUGAUCUCGCCAAUUUUUCAUUCAGUCCUUGCGACAUGCGUGGCAAACGUGGUCUUAUUUUUCGUUCUCAUAGGCAGCGCCUAUCUUGCUGCCGGCGAUGACGUUACGGAAGACGCGAAGCUUAGUCCGGUCGGGCUGAUGAAGAAGAAUGGCUACCCGGUGGAGGUGCAUAAGGUGACCACCGACGACGGCUACAUCCUUGAAGUGGACAGGAUGCCACGGGGGUGGUCAGACAGCAGCACCAAUGGCAGCUCGCGGCCACCCGUGCUCAUGGUCCACGGCGUCGUGUCCUCAGCUGCAGACUGGGUUAUAAACAAGCCUAACCUUAGUGCGGGUUUCUUGAUGGCUGACCAGGGGUACGACGUCUGGCUCAUCAAUGCCAGAGGUGUACCGUAUUCCAACUACCACGUGAACCUGACUACGAACGACCGUGAAUUUUGGGACUGGAGUUUUGAAGACAUCGGCUGUUACGACGUUGCAGUUGCAGUCGACCUCGUCCUGAAUAAUACCGGCCGGUCGAACCUGAGCAUCCUUGCCUGGUCACAGGGCUUCACUGAAGUCCUCGUGCUUCUUUCCUUACGGCCCGAAUACAACGACAAGGUCACUGUUGUUGCCGGUUACGCCCCAGUCGCCAAUAUCACGCACAUCGAAACGCCGCUGACUUUAGUCGCUCUGCCUGCAGAGCUAAUUAAGGCUGGCAUCGAUGUCCUUACAAGGGGCGCACUGCUAACGUCCAGCGUGCUUACCCAAACUUUCAUCGGCGAGUUCUGCAACACCCGUUUACGUGGAGCUUGCUUCCUACCCAUCCAAAUUGCCGUGGGCGCGAGCAGUGAGCAGUUGAACAGGACGAGAAUUCCCGUCUAUAUUGCACAUCAACCGGCAGGCACGUCAACGAAAAACAUUGUGCACUACGCCAAGAAUUACAGAGCCAAGAACUUCAACCGCUACGACUACGGCUUUCUUGAAAACCAGAAGCGUUAUGGCCAGGCCACGCCUCCGCAGUUUCCACUGGAAAACAUUCGCUCUCGUAUAGGCCUUUUCCGAGGGCCUUCCGAUAGGCUGGCCGAUCCAACGGACAUCGACGACCUGGUGAAGCGGAUAGGCAAAGUGGUUGCCCUCAACUACAACGUUCCGCAGCAGACCUUCCAGCACCUAGACUUUGUUCUGGGCUCCAACGCCACGGGCAUCGUGCAUGAACCAAUGAUACAGUUCGUGUCCAAGUACGCUGGAAACUGAAAAA